GGAUUGAAUUGAGUAACCACAAGAAAGAGGUAGAUGAAAUUGUUCGAUUGGUGUUUGGAACAGAGAUUGAACAGGUUGAGCAUCUAAUUGUAGCAACAACUGAGGCAAAUAUUGUGGAGGAAGCCGGCAAAAUUGUUGCGAAGAGAGCUAACCGGAAGCUGAAAGAAGUCAAGCUGGAGGUCACCAUUGAGGUUGAGCAGUCACCCUAUGACAAGCUCCCAUUUCCACAAAGGGUCCUCACCAAAGCUCAAAAUAAGGUGAUUUCCAAGUUCAGAAAAGACCUAAGUGAUAUUGGACUUAAGUUUCCAGCGAUUUCGGGUAUGCGUGAGGCUCAUGUCCAAAUGAUGCUCAUCAAGGACAUUGUAGACCACCAAGCAGAAGUAGCAGAGCUUCUCAACAUCUCAACUUUGAAACUUGAUCCACCAGUCACACCAAAGUUUCUCCCUAAACUAGAAUCCCAAGGGAAGUUCACCUUGUCUUGCUCCCUUGGUAAGCUCACCUUUGAUGAUGCUCUUGUUGAUCCUGGUGUAAGUGUGAAUGUGAUCUCAAUGGAGAUGGUGCAGAGUCUUGAGAUUGAACACAUGGAGCCAGAUACUUCCUCUCUCACGUUUGGGGAUUCUUCUUCUACUACCCCUAUUGGUCUCAUCAAGGACUUCCCUUUGAAGAUUGGAUCUUGCACCAUCCCUAUAGACCUCACUGUCUUGAAGAUGGCAACUGAAAACAGAAUUCCAUUGAUCAUGGGCACACCAUUCCUUACUACUUCUCCACUGGAUGUUGAGUAUUGUGGAACCAUCACUUGUGGAGACCCCUCCAUUGAGAAGAUCAAGGAUGCAGUGGUUGUUAGUAAGAAAGAAAGUCUUGAUGGAAAGUCCUCUAAAGAGAUAUGUGAUGUGCACUUGAAAAGUGCUAAAAAGGAGGAG